AUGGUGUCCACGCAUAACCGUGACAAGCCUUGGGAUACCGAGGACAUAGACAAAUGGACUGUGGAGGAGUUCAAGCCUGAACACAACGCCUCUGGUGAGCCUUUCACAGAGGAGUCCUCUUUUAUGACGCUCUUCCCCAAGUAUAGAGAGAACUACCUCAAAGAAGUUUGGGGAGAUGUUACAAAAGCCCUGAACAAACACCAUAUUGCAUGCACAUUGGAUCUGGUUGAGGGAUCUAUGACUGUGAAGACUACCAGAAAAACGUUCGAUCCAGCGGCCAUUCUGAACGCCAGAGACCUGAUCAAGCUCCUUGCCAGAUCGGUUCCAUUGCCACAAGCAGUGAAAAUUUUGCAGGACGAUGUUGCCUGUGAGAUCUUCAAGAUAGGAAAUUACGUUUCUAACAAGGAAAGGUUUGUGAAGAGAAGACAGAGGCUGAUCGGACCACAGGGAAACACCCUCAAAGCCCUGGAGCUGCUCACACAGUGCUAUAUUCUGGUUCAGGGUAACACCGUUGCUGUGAUGGGCCCUCAUAAGGGUCUCAAGGUGCUUGAGAGAGUGAUCGAAGACUGUAUGAAGAAUAUCCAUCCGAUCUACCACAUAAAAGAACUCAUGAUCAAGAAAGAGCUGGAGAAGAACCCAGAGCUGAAGGAAGAAGACUGGUCCAGAUUCCUCCCCAACUUCAAGAAGAGAAAUGUUGCUCGUAAGAAGCCCAAACAGACUCUUGAUGAGCAGAAGAGAGGUAAAGAAAAGAGAGUUUACACUCCAUUCCCACCUGAGCAGACCCCACGUAAGGUUGAUCUGCAGAUUGAAAGUGGUGAGUAUUUCCUUGGUAAGAAGGAGAAGAAGUUGAAGGAGAUCCAGGAGAAGAAAGAGAAGCAGGACGAGAUGAAGGAGGUGAAGCAGAAACAGAAAGAGAAGGAUUACGAAGCUCCUGAGGAGACUGUUCGCGAGAAUAAACUCCUGAAGAAGGAAAAGAAAGAAAAGAAGGAGAAGAAGGAGAAGAAAGAGAAGAAAGAGAAGAAAGAGAAGAAAGACAAGUCUGAGAAAAAAGAAAAGUCCAAGAAGAGAUCUUCCGAGGACGAUGAGGAAAAGCACAAGAAGAAGCACAAGAAGGAUUAG